AUGGUGGUGGUAAAAAGCAGAAGUGAAGGUGCCUCAAGUAAACUCAGUAGCAAGUCUCAAAAAGGAAAGAAGAAAACAUCCCAGGCAUCAAAGACCAGCAAGGAGAAGGAUCCACUUGCCCAACUGAAGAAGUAUCUGAUGCUCAUGGGUAUAAGAAACUGGUGGUUAGACUCAGCGCUAAAAAGGUGUUCGAGCAUCAAGAGCAAGAAGGCUCGGUUGUUGGAAAUGAUGGAGGAAAAUGGCCUAAAAGGGAGGCCCACUGUUGCAAAAUGUAAGAAAGCAAAGGCCAAGCGAGAGAGGCAAAAGGAACUUGAAGAGCUGGACAAGAGCAACAUCCUUACUGAAUCUGGACGAGGACGACGCAAUGUCUUCAGUCUGUAUGCCAAACAAGAGGAGCCCAAGGAAACUCUCCAGUCACCAGCAAAACCCUCCAGGGCAAAGCCUAUUUUAGAGUCUGAUUCAGAAUCUAGUGCAAAUUCUGGUUCAGAAUCUCGUUCAGAAUCUAGACCAGAAUCUCAUUCAGAAUCUAGACCAGAUUCUGGUUCAGAUUGAUCUGAAUGUGUUAAAACCAGUUUCUUUAUCGUUGAAAACAGAAAAUAUUUGUUUUCAUGUUUAGAUUUUUUUUUUUUUUUUUUUUUUUUUUUUUUAGAAUAAGUUUUGUUUGCAUAUUAUUUUGAAUGUGAUUUUAUGAGCAAAUUUAUUGAGAUUAGUGUUUUUGUUUUAUGAAAAUUUAUAUUUAGUUUAAUCUGUCUAUUGAUGCCAGUUUUCUAGCACCUCCUAGCAUUGAUGAUUGCAGCAGAAGUUCUCUGCCACUAUCUCACAAAUUUCAUCCUUAUAUACUUGAGUUCACUCACCCGUAGUGUUCAUUUAAAUAGUCUAUACUCUGUGUGGAUAGAAUGUAGUGGAUGUGACAUGAAGGUUCCUUGUUAAACUGUACACAUAAUUUUGAAAUAUCUGAGAGGAGAUGUGUGUGUGUGUGUGUAUUUACCUAGUAUUUACCUAGUUGUAUUGUACAGGGUUCAUAGUGUCCUGUCUCUAUAUCUAAUUUUUCUUUAAAGUUAUGCACACUAUGUGCUGUGUGUGUGUGUG